AUGGUGGGGAUCAUAUGGCGGCCCCAGCGCACCUGCGCCGUCCAAUCGGUCCUUGAGCCGCGCAAGCUGCCGAAGGUGGUAUACGACAAGGCCAAAGCCGCCAUGUGCGAGUUGUCCGCGGUGAUAAAGCAGAAGAUCCGCCUGGCCGGGCGCGUGGCGACGCUCACCGAGAGCAUUGCCGCGCUGAGGGCUAGACGCGCCCCGAGCGGGGUAGCGCCCUUCUACGCGAGUUCCUCGUCGAAGGACUGGGGCGCAGCAGCGGGCGCGGCAGAGACAGAGCGCGCGUUCGCGGAAGCCGCGGCCGAGAGGCUUUGCGCGGACACCGCCCGGCAGGCCGCGGCGAACGCGGAGACCGAUAUUCGGCUCUGCAUCCAAGCCGUCAAAUACGCCCGGGGCCUGCUGGCCAAGAACAAGGGCAACGCGAAGCAAGCAAUGGCGGAUUCGCGGAACAGCCGCGCCCAGCCCGAGGGCGCGGCGCAAGCUCCGGAGCCCGAGGGCGCAAUCAUCGUCAAUGCGAGCACCGAAAACGACAGGAUCCUAAUCGACGCCCUUGCCAAUGGGAUUGCGACAGUCAUGGGCGACAAGUCAGCUGGCUCGCGCAUCGGGCGAACGACGCCGACCACCGAUUUCGAAUUAAUGGACUUGCACGUGUCAAGCGACCAGAGAGUUCGAGCCGAUGAGGCCUCAAAGCAAGCUGAACCGCAGUUUCGGGAAUCAGUGCGCGAUGUAAUACUUGCCAUGCUGAGUAACCAGAGCGUUACUUACGAUGCCGAGUCAGACGGGGUCAAGAAGGUGAAUGUGGGCUCUGGGCAAGGCCGCGACGUGUCCGGGGACAUCGCCGACGCAGCUUCCUCGGCCGUUGGCGAGCCCAAUUUCCCUUUUAAGCCGGGCAGUGCGGCGGGCCAAGAUAUUGUUUUCAGGUGCUCGUGCGGCUGGCAGCGGCGAACCGACUGGAUGGGCGCGGACAAUGGCGCAGUCCCCGGGGGGCACUACGCGGACUGGCGCCGCAAAUAUUGCAAGGGCACGUGGGUGCCGAAGAAGGGCGUGGGCUACUUCAGUUUCGGGACCUACCAGGGUUUGCUCGUGCUCCGCCCCGUCGCCGUCGCUGUCAGAGCCGUGGGCCAUGUCCUCUGCCGCUUUGCUUCUGGCUCGCGCCACCGGCCGCCGGGCAUCGUUGCGGCGCGCAUAGAGGGCCGCGCGGGGCGCACUCUGCGGGACCCCCCCAAGUUCCGAUGGACGCCAGCGCACAGGUCCUUGGAGGAGCUUGUGGGCACAGGGCCGCAGGAGCUGCGUGACUGGCUAGGCAACGGCUGGGCAGACUAUUUCGCGCGCUGUGGUGCGGCCUCUCACGCACUGGCUGGGUCGGUAGCCGAGGCGGUAACAGCUGCGCUGAAACAGCACCGCAAGGUCCUGCAGUUCGUUCCGUGGGCUGUACUGCAGGUGGUGGUUCGCGAACAAUGGGGGUGCGACGUGGAGGUCUCCGGGCCACCUUGCGAGCAGGUCCUUGCUUACUGCGCCAGCCUCGGGCGGUGCGAUGGGCUCUCGCCCAACGAGUCCACGCGCCGCAACCAGCAAGAUGCGAUCAGGCGCGACGAGAAGGGGUGGCUCCUCGUGCAGCCACGCGGCGCGAUGAUCGACCAUGUCGUGAUUCGCUGCCGUUCCGUGUUCGGCUGGUGGCACGGCGUCUUCUUCGGCGGCGACGCCUUCUCCGUCGGCGGCAAGUUGGUCUGCGUCCACGACCUUGAGGGCGGCUUCUUCCAGCUGCUCUCCUUCUACACUGCUUCCUUCUCUUACGGCACGGUGCCGUGGGUAGGCGGCGCCAGGGGGUCUGGAGCCAGCGCCGAGUUCGACCGCAUAGACGCGGACGGCGAUGGGGUCAUCACGCGCAGCGAGUUCGUCUUUGAUAGGCUCGACCGCAACCACGAUGGCGUCAUCUCCCGCGCCGAGUUCGAGGCCGCGGUCAGCAGCGGUCAGCUGGCGGGCAGCUUGGCGGACUCCCGGGAGGCGGCCGCGAGCAGCUUCGGGCCCGCGACCCCCAGCCUCGCGCACACGCUGCAGGCGGACCGCGUGGCCGGGCCCCCCUUCGCGGAGCCGCUCGCGAGGCCGGGCUCCUCACACCGCCUGGCAGCAGCGCCCGCUGGAGGCCCGGGCGCCGCCUCUGGAACUCCCGAGUUAGUGUCGCGCUCGCAGGCGGAGAUGACCUCCCGCGUCGGCGCGGCAACCGUGCACAAGCUGGUGGGCACCACCAAGAACCUGCUGCAGGGCCUCGAGGAGGCGCUCCUCCUCCGGGCCGGCUUCCUCGCGGGGGCCUUCCACGCCUGGCGCUGCGGGAGUGCGCUGCGCAGGGCCUCCCGCGAGGCCGAGCGGCGCUUCCAGCAGCACCUCGCCCGCAGCCAGGAGGAGUGGUCCGCGCAGCUCGAGGAGCUCCGGCGGAAGGCGGACGCGGACCGGCAGCGCGGCGGCACCGCGGCGGCCCAGGCGAUCCGACUCGGCAUCGCGUCCCGGUUCUUCGCCGGUGGCGCCAGGGUGAUGAAGAAGGAGACCUGGCGGACCUGGCGGGUCUACUGCCGCCUCGAGGCCCGCAAGCGCACGGCGGUGCAGAACGCAGAGCUGGUGUUCCUGCAGAGCAGUGCCAGAGGUACCCUGCACGUGGUGCUGAGCACCUGGCAGAAGGAGGUGUCCCGGCAGCAGCUUCAGCGCCAGGCCCAUCGCGGCCAGAAGGAGCUCGACGAGGCCAAGAGAAUGAUGCAGCGGCAGCUUGGCAGUCAGGCCAAUCAGGGCGUGGCGCUCGUCAUGAAGAAGUUCCUGGGCAGCUCGCGGACGGGCGCGCUGAUGUCCGCGUGGAGGGCCUGGCAGCAGGCCGUGGCGGUCGCCAAGGCUGCCGCGGCGAAGUCGAGGAGCGCCUGUCAGGUGCUCCACACUUUGCUGAACGGCAAUCGGCAUGCCACGCUCCGGGCAUAUUUCGUGAACUGGCGCUCGGAGCAGGCCUUCAGCGCCGUGGAGCGCGCGGAGCGCGUGCAGCUCCAGGCCGCUCAAGCAGAGCACGAGGCCCGCCUGGAGUCGGUGCAGGUGGAGCGCCAGCUGCAGAGGGCUGCCGCCCACAAGAGGGUGGAGCAGAUUAUCCGGAAGUGGGUGUUCGGCGACCGCCAAGGGCUGCUGGUGUGGUCCGUCCAGGAGUGGUGCAAGGUCGUCGAGAGCGGCAGGGCCGCCAAGAGGCUCAAGGAGGUGACGUGCUUGACCAUGGUCUGGGCGCUGGAGGGCGACAGGCGCGGGCUGCUGCGCGGCGUGGUCCUCAGCUGGCGCCACGAGGCGCAGCGCGAGGCCGAGGCCAGCAGGCGCCUGCGGGAGGUGGAGGAGCUCCAGGCCCGCAUGGACAGCGAGCGGAGGCGAAGGGAGAAGGAGCUGGAGGCGUCGAGAGAAGAGGCAGCCAGGCGAAUGGUGAAAUCCGAGGCGGUCUUGAAGCACAUGCUGGAGCGCUUGUUCAGAGGCGACAUGAAGGCGACGAGGUCAUCGGCGUUCCGCGAGUGGCGCAAGAUGAGCGCCAAGAGCAGGAUGAAGGUCGCCGAAGGAUUCGCAGUACCUUGA